AUGGGCUGGAGGGGUGGGGGUGGCAGGUGCUGCUGUUGCUGCUGCCCGUUCUCCCGGCUGAACGAGGACAACGCGCGCUUCGCCUUGCUCGCCCUCUUCAUCCUGUGCUACCUGGUGCUGGGCGCGGCCGUGUUCUCGGCCAUCGAGCGGCCGCGGGAGCUGCGGGCUCAGCGGGCGUGGGGCCGGAGGCUGGCCAACUUCAGCCGGAGUCACAACGUCAGCCGGGGUCAGCUCGCCGCCUUGCUCCGGGAGUACGAGAAAGCGUACGGCGCCGGCAUCAGGGUAGACCCGCCUAGACCCAGAUGGGAUUUCACGGGAGCUUUCUACUUCGUGGGGACCGUGGUCUCCACUAUAGGCUUUGGGAUGACCACGCCAGCAACCACCGGUGGCAGAGCCUUCCUGAUCUUCUACGGCUUGGCAGGCUGCGCUGCCACCAUCCUGUUCUUCAACCUGUUCCUGGAGCGGAUUAUCACGCUGCUGGCGUUCGUUCUGCGCUGGUUCCAUCAGCGGGGGCUGCAGCGGGGCGGCGAGGAGGGCUCGGCCGCCUGCCGGGCGUCCGUCCACUCGGGGGAGGUCGACAGCCUGGACGGCUGGAAGCCCUCCGUCUACUACGUUGUGCUCAUCCUGGGCCUGGCCUCGCUCGCGAUCUGCUGCUGCGCCUCGGCCAUCUACUCGCCCAUGGAGGGGUGGACAUACGCCGAGUCCCUCUACUUCUGCUUCGUGGCGUUUAGCACCAUCGGCUUCGGGGACCUGGUGAGCAGCCAACGGCAGGCCUACCCCCACCAGACGCUGUACCGCGCGUCCAAUUUCCUGCUCAUCCUGGUGGGCGUCUGUUGUAUCUACUCCCUGUUUAACGUCUCCUCCAUCAUCAUUAAGCAGUUCCUCAACUGGCUGCUGAGGAAGAUGGAAUGCCGGUGCUGUCGACGCCGGAGGAAGCCGCGGACACACUGCAACGCGGUGCACCCCUUGGCCUCCAAGUCCAGGAGGCAGGACGUCUCGGUGGAGACGGUAUGUGACAGCGAGACCGAAGGGCGGCGGAUGUCGGGCGAGAUGAUCUCCGUCAAGGACUUCCUGGCCUCCAACAAGGUCUCCUUGGCCGUCAUGCAGAAGCAGCUGUCCGAGACGGCCAACGGGGGACCCAGGCAAAGCCACUCUCGGUGCAAUGGUCUCUCUGGAGGUGUUGGGGCCUUAGCUAUCAUGAACAAUAGGCUGGUGGAAACGAGCGUGGACAGGUAA